AUGAUAUCAAAAACUGACACCCGCUGGAGAAAUGCUGUGUCAGCUUCCGAUCGACUAGCAAUUACUUUGAGAUACCUGGCUACAGGAGACUCUUAUUUUUCACUCGGUGCACUGUUUAAAGUGUCUCCACAAGCUAUUUCUUUAAUAAUUCCAGAGGUUUGUCAAGCUUUGGUAUCUACAUUAUCCAAUUAUUUAAGGAUGCCGAAUACACAGGGAGAAUGGCUAUCAGUGGCUCGGAGUUUCAUGCAGAAAUGGAAUGUACCUAAUUGCGUAGGUGCCCUCGAUGGGAAACAUAUACGUAUACUAUGUCCAAAUAAUAGCGGUUCUGAGUUUUUUAAUUAUAAGUCAUAUUUCAGUAUUGUUUUGCUAGCUUUAAUCGAUGCCAAUUAUAAAUUUUUAUACGUGGACAUUGGAUGUCAGGGCAGAAUAUCUGAUGGUGGAGUACUACGAAAUUCAACUUUAUUUGAUAUGAUACGAGAUGGAACUUUAAAUCUGCCACAAGCGAUUCCAUUACAAGGGAGAAAUACACCUGUACCUUUUUAUUUCAUCGGUGACGAUGCUUUCCCCAUCUCACAGAAUAUAAUAAAACCAUUUUCUGGAUAUCAUGCAAAAGGAUCACCUGAGAGGGUUUUUAAUUAUAGAAUUAGUCGCGGGCGCAUGGUUGUAGAAGACGCGUUUGGCAUUUUAUCUAAUAAAUUCAGAAUUUUGCAUUCACGCAUUGAUUUACAAAAUGAGAAAGCAAAAAUUGUCGUGAUGGCUUGUGUGCAUCUGCAUAAUUUUAUAAGGAGAAAUGAAAGAAUUACCGGUGAAGUUUUGAACGAAGAACAACAAAAUAUUCCCCAGAUCGCUCUAAAUGUAGAACCAAGUGUAAUUAGAAAUGAGCUAAAAUGUUAUUAUCUAUCGGAACAAGGUCAGCUUCCUUGGCAAUAUGAAAUAUAAUGUUUGAAGGAAAUAAAAUAUGAUUAUUCAAA